CUCCUGUAACCAACCAGGACUCGCGCUCUCUCCUUCUCUUGUGCAUCUGCAACAUGCAUGACGCGUUCGCGCGCGCUCAGAAGGCACACGCAGAGGCCGUGACCGGAGUGCAGCCGUCUCUUAUCCUUCCUUACAAAUCCUUUCUUUUCAUCAUAUCCUUGAUGCUCGCUGUAGCCUCAUCGCACCGCCCCUUCUUCACACGGCUGUGCGGGCGCACGCGGAGACAGGGGAGACAGACACCUUUUUAAAGUUGGUAGUGCUGAAGGGGUGGUGGUGGUGUUGGGAGUGAAGCAGCAGCAGCAGCAGCAGCAGCGGCAGCGGCGGCGCCAGAAGGCCACAUUUCGGACCACCACCCGUCGUCAUGGACCUUCGGGCUGUGAAGGAGAGGGAGGACGGUGGUGAUGAUGGUCGGCAUCUUGGCAAUGGCGUCUCUGGUGCUGCUGCUGCCGCUGCUGCCGCUGCCGGCGCAGGCGCCGCUUCUUCGUCACCGAUCGACGGGCUGAAGCUUGGCAAGAGGACCUACUUCCAGGAUGGGGGUGCAGGAGCUGCCACAACCAAGCCGAGGUGCCUUUCCGGGACCUCCUUGGUGGCGAUUCCGGCGCCGCCUAAGCGGGCCAGAGGAGUGCUGCAGGGCGGGCAGCCUCCGAGGUGUCAGGUUGAGGGCUGCAAGGCAGACCUUACCGGCUCUAAGGCCUAUUACUGCAGGCACAAGGUGUGUGGCAUGCACUCCAAGUCUCCCAAGGUCAUCGUUGCGGGUAUGGAGCAGAGAUUCUGCCAACAAUGUAGCAGAUUUCAUCAGCUGUCUGAAUUUGACCAAGGAAAACGCAGUUGCCGCAGACGGUUAGCUGGUCAUAAUGAACGUCGAAGGAAGCCACCGCCAGGUUUAAUACCAUCUCAUUACGGACGGUUCACUUCCACUCUUUAUGAGAACAGCAGGAUUGGUGGACUCUUGGUAGACUUUACCUUCCCAAAGCAUGCUGUUAAGGAUGUGUGGCCAACCAUCAGAGUUAGUGAACAUGCACCGGACCAAGUCCAAGCUACAGGAAACUAUCUUCCACAUCUCUGGCAGGGUGAUGCUUCUGCUGCUGAUAUUUUGUUGCCAGGAGUUCAUCCAUUUUUACAAGGUUCAUCUGGUGGGUCUAGCUUUUAUAGCCACGAAAUUUCACCAAGGGACUGUUUCUCAGGAGUCUCCGACCACGGUUGUGCUCUCUCUCUUCUGUCACACCAACCAUUGGGAUCAAAAGCUCGUUCUUCUGGCCUUAUUACCGUAAACCACCUAUUCAAUGAUGAGGACUCCAGUAUGGGUCAGCCUCAUGAUGGCCCACCUUGCCCUGAUGUCAAUUCUGACAAAUUGCAUUGCACUUCAUCUCAGUGGAGUCCAACUUUUCCUCCGUUUGCUACAUAUUCUCCAAGUGCUAUAUUGGAACCACUGUCACCUACUAGAAACAGAACCAGUGCUUGGAGUAUUAGGAAUAAUGGGUCCUCUAAUUUGCAUCACGUCCAGUCAGAGAUAGGAUCAAAGCAAGCAUCAGAGUUGCACGCCAGCCAGUUUUUGGGUGAGCUGGAGUUGGGCCCACAAGGAAGCAGGCAGCUGGCCGACCUUGGGCACUUGAGGGCAUUUGGCACUUCUAAACAUGAUGUGCAUUGGGGUCUGUAGAUUGCUUAAUUUGCAGAGGCUGAAUGGUUUCUGUUCUCUGUUGCAUCCUCAUUUUACAUUGGUUACUGACUUACUGGUUAGGAAGAGCUGGACAUGCUUACAGAUUUGACAUUUUCAUCCUUGAACAUUUCUGCAGUUUCAAUUGCUCCUCAUGUUUCUCUCUAGCUAUUGCUUCUAUGACUCGCUUUGCUUAAGCUAAUAUUUUUCUGUUCA